AUGUCCUUGUUAAACCAAGUUGAUCCAUACAAGCCGCUGGCUCUCCAAACGGUGUUUUCAUCUCUCAAUCCAAGGCUGUGUUGGAUUGACCUAAACACCGACACACCUUUCACGCCCACAUAUAUCCAGGCUUCACUCACCCAAUCAGGAGACCCACAGGGAAUAUACACAAACCGUGUUAAGAAUAGGCACAUCGUCCUAGAAAAUCCUACUCGCGCCAGUAACGCACAGAAAGCACACGACGCAAAGAAAGCAAGAAGGGAAUCGGAAAGGAAGAAGAGAAAAACUGCUGCGCUGGGACGGAGACCCACAGACGCAAAAGGCCUCUGGAAGCUUGAGAAUGGGGCAGAAAAAUUUGAUCUAUUCCUCCCACUCCAUCAGUUAUGGAUGGGAUACAUGUCUGAACUCUUUGGGCUCUCGCUUCCAUCUUCCGUUCCAGUCGCAGAAGCAAUGCCUAAUGCAUCAUCAAUGCACCCGAAGCUAGUGAAGGCCGACAUCCACGGUUCUCUAUUAACAGUUCGUCAGAGCAAGAAUCCUUGUUUAGUCGGCCUGUCUGGUAUCGUGAUCCACGAAACUGAGAACGCUUUCAAAGUAAUCACUCGCAAAGAUCAACUCAAACUGAUACCAAAACGGAACUCAAUCUUCACGCUGGCAGUUCCCUUAUACUCUACGUUGCUCCAAACGCAAUUCGAGCCAGCUGAAGCUGUCAGUUCUGCGCUUAGUGCUCAACGAUCCAGAACUGUCUUGGAUGCUCCGCAUAUCGCUUUCGAUCUGUAUGGCAAUCAAUUCUGUUUUCGAUCUGCAGAUCGUGCAGGCCGGAAGUUCAAGGCAAAGGAAACAAUUGAGUUAUAAAUUACUCUAGGGUCGAAGACAUUGGUGCCUGAUAAGCGUCUUCUCAACUACGAUAACUGUUUCGCCGCAUUCCUACUGCAUCGCACGUCCUCUGAUAUAAUGUCAACCAGAUCCAGCUCGGUAUACCUUUCCCCAAGCGAGUUCCUGGAAUCUACAGAAGCAUUUGGAGUUAGAGAUAGCAA